GUGGGAAAUGUAUAUUAACGGCUAACGCCCAAAAGUCUUCCAAACUACCCACUUGUGCCCUUGAAGCAUAAGUAAAUAGCCUUCCAUUCCCGAAUUGGCUUAUAUCAAUAAGUGCGACAUUUCCGAGAAACUGAACACUUCAGAGCUCCCAGAAUUGGAGUUCAAACAAUUUCAGACAGCUUCUCUUGGAGAUGCGCAGUCGGUCUAGUGACUGGGCCAUCCGUCCAGCGAAAGUCACAUUGCUUCUCCUGGUGCAGGACAUCGAUGUCUCGCCUUCUACAGUCAUUUUGACCGUAGCACUUUGUGACAUUUUUUAUAUGACUGUCAAGUGACACAUAUGUAUAUAAACUGACUAUGACUAUGACUAUGUAUAGGUAUGUGCACAGACAUGCAGGUUAAGGGCAGUGCCAGUUGUAAGAAACACCACUAUCACGCCUGAAGCUAUGUAGAUCAGCAGUGUCCUGCUAUGUAGAUGAGCAUAUGAUGAUGGGACGAUUGUUUAUUGGCAAUCUAUGGUGUAGCCGAUAAAGGAAUAAUAGACUCAAUAAAGCUGUUGAUCGUUCCAAGUGCGCAUGCGACUAACAUAAUGCUUGAAAAUAAAGAAAAUCCUAAUGAGACUGAAAAGAGUGUAGAGAUUCAAAGGUAUUUCCAAGGACAAUAUCAAAGUACAGAUAAAAAUUACAUUAAACAGAUUACCACUCCGUUGCUAUGUAUAUCGGUAACUGUCACCGAAAGGCGGCUUAGGUCAUCGCGUUUACAAAUGGCUUGGCUUAGUAGUGUAGGCAGUUCGCACAGAUCUGCGGUUGUGCGUCUCACAUGUAGCCCUACAUAUGUAUAUCGGUCGCUUUAGUGGUGUACGCAGUUCGCACAGAUCUGCGAUCGGGCGUCCCACAUGUUGUCCUACAUAUAUCGGUCGAACAGAGCGUUGCACGCGUAGAUGCCAACUACUGUUCCGUCCUUCCAUGACAGGCACCACCUGGAUGUCUGAGCUGGCCUGGCUCGUCAACCACGACUGCGACUUCGAGGCGGCGAAGAGUUACCUGGUACCCGACCGCGCUCACUUCCUGGACAUGCCGUUGCUAGCAGCUCCGAGCAGGCGAGAGACCAUGACCGCCUCAGGAAGCCGCAUGAUGAUGCCCAUCACUGAUCGGCCUCGGCCCUGGCACAUCAAUACCCAUCUGCCGCUCAACUUUCUGCCGCCAGCGCUGCUCGACACGUGCAAGGUGAUCUAUGUCGCGAGGAACCCCAAGGAUGCCGUCGUCUCCUUCUACCAGGGCUGCGGAGUCGGAGUCGGAGUCGGAGUCGGAGUCGGUCGGAGUCGACAGUUGUGACCGGAGUCGGAGUCGGAGUCGGAGUCGGAGUCGAUUUUAGAAACCCGAGCCGGAGUCGGAGUCGGAGUCACCGAAAAUCUGUCGACUCCGCAGCCCUGCUAGGUCUGCGGAGUCAAAGUCGGGAGUUGGAGUCGGUCGGAGUCGACAAUUCUGCCCGGAGUCGGAGUCGGAGUCGGAGCUGGUUUUUGAAAGCCGGAGUCGGAGUCGGAGUCGGAGUCGCCGAAAAUCCAUCGACUCCGCAGCCCUGCCUUCUACAACAUGCUGAAGCUCAAUAAUUCACUGAGUUCGGAAACUGCAGUCAACCAGUACGCGGAGCUGUACAUGGCCGGUCGCUGCAUCAGCACGCCCUUCUUCUCGAAUGUUCUGCAGGCGUGGAAACAGCGGAACCACCCCAAUAUGCUGUUUGUCACAUUCGAGGAGAUGAAGCAAGAUCUUCGCGGCGUCAUCAACCGCGUGGCAGCCCACCUCGGCAAGCAGCCGACCGAAAAACAACUGGAGCAGCUCGAACGUCACCUCAGCUUCGAAAGCAUGAAGGACAACCAGUGGGUCAACAAGGAGAACAUGGGCUACCGAAAGACAGACAGCAGUGGGGAAAGAAUAGCCUUCAUGAGGAAGGGCCAGACGGGCGACUGGAAGAACCACCUGAGCACUGAGGUGGCGCAGAAAAUGGACGUUUGGAUGGAGGAGAACCUUGGAGGCACCGGACUGGAGCUGGUCACGGAGCUCCCGAAGAAGUAGCAACUUCGUCCACCGCUCCACUUCAGUUACAAUUAGUUUUUACCGGAGCUAAAAAGCGGAAUUUAAAAGCUUUCACAACAAAUACCCAACGUUGCAACUUUACUCGGCGGUUUGAAAGUCUUCACUGGCAUAAAGGUCUUAGGGACUUAUAGGGCCAAUAUAAGGUCUUUCAAGUUAGGGCAGAGGUGACAAGAUUUGCAACAUGAAACUUAUUAGGAGCGCAAUGGCUGCUUAUUUGCCUUUCUGUCAAUAAAUAAGAGUACAUAACAUA